AUGAGUCGGGGGGUUCAACUGCCACAUCUUGAUGUCUUCGGCAUCAGGGGCAACGACCUUCCCUAUCAUGAAGAACCAGCACCCGCAACGUCGUCGUUGCCGUCACCGCCUCAGAAUUGGAACGCGCCAUUCUCGGCAACCUCCCAGGGCCGAUAUCCCGAAGCUUAUCAGCAGGGCUUAGCAGCGGCCACAGCAUAUGCAGAUGGAUAG